GGUUUGCGUCCAAUCACUGCAGCCUGCUCAACCGGAAGUUUUGAACGAAUCGUACGCGGGAAAUUAUUGCUCGCUUCAGCUGGACAACGAAGAAGGUUAUACAAAAUGAAGUUGGUAACGUGUGAGAUCGCAUGGCACAACAAGGAGCCAGUCUACAGUCUGGACUUCCAGCACAGCUCAGAUGGACGCAUUCAUCGGCUGGCCACAGCUGGAGUGGACACCACAGUCAGACUGUGGCGGGUAGACACGGGCCCAGACGGGAAGGCAGUGGUGGAGUUUCUGUCUAAUCUGGCUAGACAUACCAAGGCUGUCAACGUAGUGCGCUUCAGCCCUAAUGGAGAGCUGCUUGCUUCAGGAGGAGAUGAUGCAGCGAUUUUGCUGUGGAAGCUCAAUGACUCUAAGGAGCCUGAGCAGACCCCCAUCUUCCAGGAGGAUGAAGAUGCUCAGCUCAACAAGGAGAGCUGGUCUGUGGUCAAGACACUAAGGGGACACAUAGAGGAUGUUUAUGACAUCUGCUGGACACGAGAUGGAAAUUUCAUGGUGUCUGGGUCUGUUGACAACACUGCUGUUAUGUGGGACAUCAACAAAGGACAGAAGCUAUGUAUCUUGAAUGACCAUAAGAGCUAUGUCCAGGGGGUGACCUGGGAUCCUCUGGGGCAAUAUGUAGCCACUCUCAGCUGUGACAGAGUGAUGCGUGUGUACAGUACUCACACCAAGAAGAAGGCCUUCUGUAUCAGUAAAAUGAGCUCUGGGCCGCUUGCAGAGGGAGAGGUCAAGCAGUACCGAAUGUUCCAUGAUGACAGUAUGAGGUCAUUUUUUCGACGUCUUUCAUUCACACCAGAUGGGUCUUUCCUGCUCGCCCCAGCUGGAUGUGUGGAGAUAGGAGAAAAUGUCAUAAAUACUACCUACAUCUUUUCCAGGAAGAGCCUCAAGAGGCCUAUUGCCCACUUACCAUGCCCAUCUAAAGCUACACUGGCUGUGCGCUGCUGCCCCAUCUACUUUGAACUGAGAACCAAAAAAGGAGAAGAUGGUUCUAUACAGACUCUUCCCAAUGUAUUCCAGUUGCCGUACCGCAUGGUGUUUGCUGUGGCAUCUGAGGACUCCAUCUUUCUGUAUGACACACAGCAGACUCUUCCUUUCGGCCUGGUGUCCAACGUCCACUACCACACACUCAGCGACCUUACAUGGUCUCGUGAUGGUUCCUUCCUAGCUGUGUCCUCUACAGACGGUUAUUGCUCCUUCCUGUCCUUCUCUCCUGGGGAGCUGGGCACCCCACUGAAGGAGCCCCCCACCCUGGAGGUCUUUGCCCCAAACAGUGGUGUUGAGAAAAGGGGCAAGAAAUCGGCCAGGACCUCAUCUCCUGUGACCCAGCCACCAAGCUCAGCCCCGACUCCCACAUCCCAAACCAGCCAUGGCAAAGAUGUCCCCUCUGUCACCCCUCCAGAAGAGAAGAAGAGCACCCCCAGUGCCAAGUCUAAACCUCAGCCCCGUAGGAUCACCCUCAAUACCCUGGAGGGCUGGGGAAAGCCCUCCACCCCUAAAGCCACAGCUCCUUCAGCACCUCAGACUCCAACAUCAGCAAGCACAAGUGCACCCUCUACUCCCCAACCAUGUGUUGCUCCUCUCACCCCUACCAACUCCUCCAAAACACAGCCACGCAUCACCCCCCUCACUCCCUCCACCCCAAAAGUCCACAACAGUGCAAAUACUCCAGGGCCCACUACGCCUAAGGGUACAACCACCCCAAAGGGGCCCACCCCAAGGAGAGUAUCUUUGACUCCCGUUGCAUCAAGAAUUCCAGCUGUUAGUUCACUGUUCCGCACUCCCUCCUCCACUGAGAAGGCCAAACAUGAGCGUCCUUCUCCUCCCACAGAUCCAGUGUGCCAGCCUCCAGAGUCCAAACGGCCCAAGACCAGCGAACCCCCAGCAAACACCAGUGUCACCCAGGCUUAGUGUUUACUGGGAACAGCGCAGUGCUAUGAUAUCAGAAAAGAGUACAUAUAGCAGAGGGGGACAGUUAAAAGUCCAGUGUGUAACAUUUAAGAGGAUCUAUCGGCAAAAAUUGAAUAUAUUAUACAUAACUAGGUUUUUAUUAGCGUAUAAUCACCUGAAAAUAAGAAUAGUUGUUGUUGUUUCCUUAGAAUGAGCUGUUUUUAUCUACAGACAUCCUGUGUCGGCAUCCACGGAGGUUGCCAUGUUAAACCAGCAUGUUUCUACAGUAGCCGUAGCAGAACGGACAAACACUGGCUCUACAUAGUGAUGUUUUUUGCAGCCAUCAUAGUUCCUCCUACACACUUUGAAGGGGAAGAAGUUGCAAUCUUCAUCUUCAUUGCUAGAUGCCACUGAAUCUUACACACUGGUCCUUUAAAGAAGCCUCAGUACAAAACCACUGAGGCUCCCCGUGGAUGUAACAUAGUACAAAAGCAUUGUGUGUUUGGCUGAUAUUGUCUGUACUUGAUGUUAGUAGAUGAAGCUUGAACCUCAGAUAAUGUACUCAGUUAUACAACAAACUGCAUUGCAGUAAGUGUCCUUGAACUAACUUUUAUUUUAGUCGUGUGUGUUUUGUAUCAUACAGUUUUGAGGUAAUUGUAUUAUAUUUGAUUUUUGUUUUUACAUUCAGAUGCUUAAGUGCUGUUGUAAAAAAAGGAAAGUUCUGUCAUCUCUUUUCACUAAUAUGUGAUUGUAAAAAAAAUUGCCCUUGAAAGCCUGAGAAAGAAAAAAGAAAAGCGAUUCAGGUUUUAUUUCCUUGUGACACCUUUGUAUAGUCUUUAUCUUAAGACUGUUGACCAACAACUUGAAUGAAAAACUCAACAUUGUCAAGCAUUUAAGAGUCAUUUUCUCAUUGUCUAAUAAAGGAUGUUUCAUA